UUCAUUUUCCAUACAAAAAAAGCGAAAUGGAAGCACAUCCAAACGCGGCCUCCAUGCUGAGAAGCAGAACUAUAAUACCUCAUCCUCCACCGUUGCUCGCCCUCACUUCGAGGCUGCCGUCACCGUCACCGUCACCGUCACCGUCAGUCACCGUCUCUGAAUCCGCACUACCCUGUUCUCGGAACCCUAAACCCUCAUUGCUCCGUUUUCCUCUCUUCUCGAAUCCUCACACUCACACUCUUCAAAGCAUGACGCUCUCCAACUGCUUCUCUCACUCCGGGCCCACCGUCCCCAUUCCGGGUCAACCCGAAUCCGAAUUCGAAUCCGAUUCCGAUUCCCCUCACACUCUCGUCGUGGUUUCCUUCUACAAGUUCGCGGAUUUCCAUGAUCACGCCCUUCUACGAAGCCCCUUGAAGCAACUCUGUCAACGCUUGCGUGUUUCAGGUGGAAUUAUUCUUGCGCCUGAAGGGAUCAAUGGCAGCAUAUGUGGGACACGGGAAUCGGUGGAGGAAGUUCUUGCCUUUGUGGAAAGUGAUGAUCGAUUGAAGGGGCUAAGGCGGGUUGAGUCGCCUGUUAGUCCUGAGGAGGAGGCCAUCCAUCAUGGGCAUAGUGCCGCAUCUCCUCUUGCUGCGGGGGAGGAUGCACCCUUUCGAUGGGACCAUGUGAGGGUCAAGUUGAAGAAGGAGAUUGUCACUCUUGGGAUGCCUACCGUGUCACCUAUUGAAAGGGUUGGAAAGUAUGUUGGCCCAGAAGAGUGGAAUUCUUUAAUUAGUGAUCCGGAUACAGUGGUAAUUGAUGUUCGGAAUAACUAUGAAACCAGAAUAGGAAAGUUUAAAGGAGCCGUUGAUCCCUGUACUACGUCAUUUCGUGAAUUCCCAUCUUGGGUGGAGGAGCAUUUUCAGCUUGCAAAAACAGAUGGUGAUGAGCAGCCAAAAGUCAAGGAAAACAAUUCCUUCCAAACUUCUGAAAAAGAAAUGGAGAAUCAAAAACAACAUAUGCCACGUGUUGCAAUGUAUUGCACUGGAGGUAUUCGAUGUGAGAAAGCUACAAGUCUACUUCUUAGCAAAGGUUUCAAAGAGGUUUUUCACCUGGAAGGUGGAAUUCUAAAAUAUCUUGAGGAGGUUCCAGAGACAGAGAGCCUCUGGGAAGGAGAGUGCUUUGUUUUUGACAAACGAGUCUCUGUGGAGCAUGGUUUGGUGCCAGGAAAUUUCAAACUUUGCUAUGGUUGUAAGCAGCCUGUGAGUGAUGCUGACAUGGAAGCCCCAGAAUUUGAAUAUGGAGUCUCUUGUCCUCACUGUUUUUCACUGAAGUCAGAUGAAGAAAAGGAGAGGGCUCGAGCUAGACAGAGGCAAUUUGAGAGGUGGGGAAUCAUAGGUGGCCCUGAUAAGGGUCGCCGGCCAACUCAAGAACCGGAUAGUGCUAGUAGGAAACCAGACCAGCUUUCACGUUCUAUUUAACUAAUCAGACAAGGAAAAUAUAAGAAAACAUCUUCCAUAUCUGUUUUGAACAAAUGUUUGUCUCCCCUUCAGUUCCCCUCCUCUUCUAUGGGUUCGGAGUGCUUGAAACUAGUUGUAGUUUCAUUUGGUGUCUAAAGGUCACCGUUUUUUGACAUUCUGUGUAUUGUAACCAAGAGGAUGCUAGAAAUUUUGUUCUUUGACAUUUUGUUUUAUUGAGUAAAAUGUGAUACCCAUCAAUAGAAAUUUGCUUGUUUAAAGGAA